AUCCCACCCGCAUCCCACCCCACCCCACCCCCGCAGCGCACCAGCAAGCACCACAACAACGGACGCUGAAUUUACGAGCACCGCAUUGACGCUUCCUCUUAUCUCGAGACGACAAUGCGCAGCGGCCGCCGGGGCGAAAAGGAGGACGGAGACGGACCCUGGUGGUGAGGUCCCCGCCGCGGGUGCGCGGGCUGCGGAAGCCGCGCCAUGCCGGCCAGGAGGAACCGCUACAACCUGGUGGACGACGUGGCCGACGCCAGGCUCCCGCUGCAUAACGACGAGGCAUACCGGCAUGGCAUCUCCUUCCAAGCCAAGUAUGUGGGGAGUCUGGACGUGCCACGGCCCAACAGUCGCAUGGAAAUUGUGGCAGCUAUGAGGAGGAUUCGGUAUGAGUUCAAGGCCAAGAACAUCAAGAAGAAGAAAGUCAACAUGGUGGUGUCUGUGGACGGUGUCAAGGUGCUGUUAAGGAAGAAACAAAAGAGGAAAGAGUGGACGUGGGAUGAAAGCAAGAUGCUCAUCAUGCACGACCCCAUUUACAGGAUUUUCUACGUGUCGCACGAUUCCCAGGACUUGAAAAUCUUCAGCUACAUCGCCCGAGACGGCUCCAGCAAUUCCUUCCGCUGCAACGUCUUCAAAUCCAAAAAGAAGACGCAGGCCAUCCGCAUCGUGCGGACGGUGGGUCAGGCAUUCGAGGUUUGCCACAAGCUGAGCCUGCAACACGCCGAGCAGGACGCCGACGGGCAGAGUGACCGGUCGGCCGAGGGCUCAGCGCGUGGUGGGGCGGAGGACAGUAAAGGAGGAAGAGGAGGACUCCAGGAGCAGGAGGAAGAGGAUGCGGCAGCCGACUCCACGCUCUGCGAAAAGACACUAGGUGACAUCCUUCAGAGUCUGGCUGAGCUUAGCAUAGUCAAGCCGGGGCACACCGUCAUGGACUUUUCUGGACGGUCUUUGUUUACGGUGACAUCGCAGGGCGUGGCUCCUAUCAGCCCUGGCUCGGCCUCAGGCUCGCUGGCGGCGCGCCACCAUUUGCAGCUCCUUCAGCAGCAGCUGCAGCAGCAGCAGCAACACACGCAGGUGGCCGUUGCUCAGGUGCAGCUACUGAAGGAUCAAAUGGCAGCUGAGAGCGCCGCCCGCAUGGAGGCGCAGGCGCGCUCGCACCAGCUGCUCCUGCAAAAUCGUGACCUGCUUCAGCACCUGGCCCUACUGGUGCAGCAGCUCCGGCAGCUGGAGGCCGGAACCGGCCAAGGGGCGGAGCCUCGGCCGUGCCAGACGCCGCCACUCAACGGAUGCGCGGUUUCCACAUCGGCGAAGCGUCUGUCUCUUUCACUCGAUCUGAAGAAGCUCAUCACCUCGACUCCCGCGCUGUCACCCGAGGACACGAGCAACUCCGAGUCGGUCCCGCUCAGCCUGGAAGACUGCUGCGAUCCCUUCUGUGAGGCGGCCGACGGCGGAGACGUCGCCACGUCCGACCGAGCGCUCGCCGUCACAUCGAGGAGGGUGUCUGUCGUCGAGGAAAAGUAUCAAGCGCCCAUCCCAAAGCUGGACCCGCCUCCUGCUUCCUCCAAUCGGAAGCGAGCCAGCCGCACCUUGUCCCCGGGUUCCAUCCGGGACUCCGUCCCGAGUCUUCCCGGCUCCAGCCCGCCCGGUAGCGGCGGCCUCCUCUUCUGCUUCGCCGACGCCACGCCCGGUUCGCUAUCGCUAAGCAGCUCCUGCUCGGCUAGCGACGACUCCGGCGUCAAGUCGCUGCUGUCGCCGCCGCGGGAUGACGAUGACGGCGAUGCGGCGAGCGACCGUGGGACUUUGAUGACUCCGGUCCACAACGGGAGUCCGGUCUCGGCACCCGCCGACGAUACCUGCCUUCAUAUCAGCUUCUCCGAAGACGAGCUUCUGGAAAACUGCCAGGAAGACCACACCGUCCCUCAACGGAGUUAAGACAACCCCUUUUAUGCAUUCCUUAGACACUCCUGUCACUUGUCUCACAACCCCAAAUUCCGUCUUUUGUACAAACCAUUAGCCCAUGGACUGAUAUAGUAUUUUUAUAACGAAAAACAUCACCUUUCAAUAUACUUUUUAGAAGUAGUAGCAGUUCCUUUGCACGACAAAAUCAGCAACUUUUCCAAAACAUAUCACCAAGGUUGUUUAUUGUCUACAAGAUACAUAGUUGGGGUGUAACGAUAUAUCAAUCUGGAUUAAUAUAUCAAUUAACCUUUCGCAAAAGCUCCGCCCCCCCUUAGUUACGGUUGCCAAGCCGACAAGCUUCAGGACUCCAACGGCACAUGCCAUUGGAGGCAGACGUAUACCGGAGUUUUAUAUAGCAAGCUGUGGAGGCAAACGCAUACAGCAAAGCAAAUUUUGGGGUUGGGAUACCAAGUUGUCUGUUCACAAAAUGAUACAUGAAAAAUAAAAACAAAAUAAGUUCAAGCCACUUGUUAGAGUUAGUUAGUUACCCUAAACCCUAACCCUGAGUUUGUCGGAUUAUGCUUACUUAACAACAGAUGCUAGGACAUAUGGCUGUUUUGGGGGCGGAGUUUGCGAAAGGUCAAAAUAAAUCGUUUGAAAUGCAAAACAAACAUCAACAUUGCUAUUUUAGAUAGCGUGGUAUGAAAAAGUAUUUGAAAUUUUUUGGAAUAUCUCACAUUUCCGCAUAAAAUCACCAUCAAAUGUGAUCGGAUCUUUGUCAAAAUCACACAGAUGAAAAAACAGCGCUUGAACUAAAACCACCCAAAUAUUUAUAGGUUUUCCAUAUUUUAAUGAGGAUAGUAUGCAAACAAUGACAGAAGGAGGAAAAUAAGUAAGUGAAACAUCAAAUUUAAUAUUUUGUGGCCCCCUCUUUGGCAGCAGUAACGUCAACUAGACGCUUCCUGUAGCUGCAGAUCCAUCUGGCACAUCGAUCAGGACUAAUUUUGGUCCAUUCUUCUCUACAAAACUGCUUUAGUUCAGUCAGAUUCCUGGCAUGAAUCGCUGUACAGCAUAUCAAUGGGGUUCAAGUCUGAACUUUGACUUGACCACUCCAGAACGUGUAUUUUGUUCUUCUGAAACCAUUCUGAAGUUGAUUUACUUCAGUGUUUUGGAUCAUUGUCUUGUUGCAGCAUCCAUCCUGUUUUUAGCUUCAACUGUCUGACAAACGGUCUCAGGAUUUCCUGAUAAACUUUUGAAUUCAUUCUUCCAUUAAUGAUUGCAAGUUGUCCAGGCCCUGGGGUAGCAAAACUGUCCCAAAUCAUGAUGCUUCCUCCGCCAUGCUUCAAGGUGGGGAUGAGGUGUUGAUGUUGGUGCGCUGUUCCACUUUUCCUCCACACAUGACGUUGUGUGUUACUCCCAAACAAUUCAACUUUAGUUUCAUCAGGCCACAAAAUAUUUUGCCAAAGCUUCUGUUGAGUGUCCAAGUGCCUUUUUGCGAACAUUAAACGAGCAAAAAUGUUUUUUUUUUAAAGACAGCAGUGGCUUCCUCAGUGGAGUCCUCCCAUAAACAACAUUCUUGGCCAUAGUUUUACAUAUAUUUGAGAUAUUGGACUCUGCCAGUGAUUUCUGUAAGUCUUUAGCAGACACUUUAGGGUUCUUUUUUUACCUCUAUUAUACUAUUCUGCGCUGAACUCUUGGAGUCAUCUUUGGUGGACGGCCACUCCUUGGGAGAGAAGCAACUGUGCCAAACUCUCUUCAUUCGUAGACAUUUUCUUUGACUGUCGAAAACUGAACAGAUUCCAGACUUUUAGAGAUGGUUUUGUAUCCUUUCCCAGCUUUAUACAAAUCAACAAUCCUUGAUCGCAAGUCUUCAGACAGCUCUUUUGACUGAGCCAUGAUGCACAUCAGGCAAUGCUUCUCAUCAAGACAAUUCUUACCAGGUGGGUUUUAUAGGGGGCAGGGCAGCUUUAAACCACUUAUCAGUGAUUGGGCACACACCUGACUUAAAUUGUUUGGUAAAAAUUGGUUUCAAUUGCUCUUUAAGUCUCCUUAGGCAUUUUUCCCCCUUCUGUCAUUGUUUGCAUGCUAUCCUCAUUAAAAUAUGAAAACCUAUAAAUGUUUGGGUGGUUUUAGUUCAAUCAGACACUGUUUUUACAACUGUGUGAUUUUGACAAAGAUCAGAUGACAUUUAAUGGUGAUUUUAUGCAGAAAUGUGGGAAAUUCCAAAAGGUUCAGAUACUUUUGUACCACUGUAUGUGGUUUUGUUUCAAGAAUAAGUUUUUGUGCAAAUGUCUGAAAAUGUUUCAGCAACAAAAUUGUCUAAAAUUUCAAAAUUCCUUUGCAUCGUUGAUUGCUUUGGAUCCUGGGAGACUUUGCGUUAUUUGCCAAUAUCGUUUCAUUUUCCAAAUGAUCGAUAUCGUAUUUCGUCAUGAAAUUGGUGAUUUACACCCCUAAUAUGUAUGUAGUCCACAUUUUCAUUCAUCGCUUAUCUGAAAUGAAGGGAGGAGCCUCGAUGUCUGCCAAGCAGCUGAUUGGACGAUGGACAGAAGGAUUAAGGAAGUUGUUUGAAGGAGAAAAACAAUCCCAAAACACACAAGUUAAAUUAUAAGAUUUAAAAGGUGGAAAAAGGGAAGCUAAAGUUCAAGCUAACCAAUACAGGAUUAAAGCAACACUAGGUAACUUUUCAAACUUUAUAAAAUAUUUUCAUAACAUUUGCGAUAUGUCGACUGACAACGAGUUGAAUGACACCUCUUUUAUAGCUUGAGAGGGUUUGUAUAGCUGUUACCUGCAGUAAUGAACUUUGAGGAGCUACACUAAGCCACAUGGUUGCUAACGGUCAUAUGCUAUUAUUUUGCUGCAACUGAAUUCAUUACCUUAUUACUUUUCACACAGGUGCUGGAAACUGAAAUGUUUAAUCCAUUUGCAGGCAACUAUGAGGGUGUGCGCUCUCAUGGGAAAUGCAGUCUACCUUAAGGCCAAACACUACCGCUUAUGUCCACCGGCGUCGCUAGAAUCGACCAAAACUGAAAAGUUACCAAGUGUUGCUUUAAGUCUUUUUUUUUUUUUUGGGUAAAAAUUCCGGAAAAUUUUGAAUCAUAAACUUACAAAUGGAAGAUAGUUGUAAGCUAAAUGUUAAAAGUAAAUAAAGGCAAAAUAAUACUGUAACAAAAAAGUUGCAAUGUUAGCAUGCAGUCAUGCUAUUUGAAGAAAAAAAGGUUGCCAUGUAGCAAUGCGAGAAUAUAUGGAUUUAAAACAGCAAAGUUGAAUUGAAUUGCAGAGUUAAUGCAGGUGAAAAAAUGUUGUUCUGGUACAAAAUCGAGAAGGGGAGGAAGGGGGUGGAUUAAAAAUAAAAUUGUAAUGUUGUGCAAAAUAGUAAUGCUACAAAAUAAUGUUGAAAUUUGUUAAAAAUAAUUAAACCAGAUUUUCACACGAGCCAAAAGUUGUGUUGCGAGCAAUUUUUUUUUUAACUUCCAGUUUUAGGUCAUUUGUUACAAGUACAGGUAGUCCCCAUUUUACGAAUGAGUUCCUUUCAUGUGCUAGCGACGUAACCCGGAUUUCCGCGUAAAUCGGAAUUAACUCAUUAAAUACCUUUAAACACCCUCUAAAUUAAA